CUCUUGAGAAACAUUACUGCUCGUUACUUCCAUGCACUCGAUGCUUUCUACUCGUCUCACGAUGACCGGAGUUCACUCAGCUUCAGCUUUUGUUUUUGCUCUGGUUUGCUACUGUGUCGUUACAUCCACAGAGGCGCAGUCACCGACUCCAGCUCCGACUCCUUGUGCCUUGAGAUCCAACACCAGCUGUGCUGAAUGCCUGCAGAAUGUGACAUGUUUGUGGUGCUCACCUACCAAACAAUGCAUAGACUACCCAGUGAGGAACAUCCUGCCCCCCAGCAGUGUGUGUCCAUUGAAUGAUGCACGAUGGGGGUUGUGUUGGGUAAACUUCCAGAUUUUGAUCAUCACCAUGUCUGUGGUUGGCGGCGCCCUCAUCAUCGCUCUUCUUGUUUGUUGCUGCUGCUGCUGCAAAUGUGAAAGAAUCGGGAACAAGAAAGAAGACGCAAAGGUGGAACGACAGAACCGUGCAAGGAAGAGCCGUCAGAAAGCAAAGAGAACAGAAAUGCAGCUGAGACAUGAUGAAAUCAGGCAGAAAUAUGGUCACUAACUGUGUUCAUAAGGUAUAGCCAAGGAUAAUCCAUACGCCCGUAUGGACGAUCACUGAGGAGAAUCUGAGCGAUGAUUCCUUAAAAAAAAUCCCUCCCAAUGAUUUUAUUGAUAACAGUAACAUUGAGAUACAUACCAUAUUAGAAACUGUUCAAUGUGAUUUGAUUUCAGUUUUUCCAAACAAAAUGUUCUGAAAUUAUUUUUACUGAGUGUGCACUAUAUUUCAAACACAGUCUCUUCACCUAAUGUUUCAUAUUUUGUACACAUUUUUCUCUACUAUUAUACCAGAAUAAUAUUACUCAUGACUUAAUUUUGAUAGAAAUGAUUGAAGGAGAACUUGUUCGGUUAACUUGAAACUAUUGAUUUAAGGGCUAAUCUGUCAAACAUAUUGUCCACGAUGAAAUGCAAACAAUAGUGUGUUAUUUAGCAUAAAAUGCUUAUUAUAUGAUUUCUACAACUCCAGAACAGAUCAGAGCUUGUGGUGCUUCAUUUAUAACCACUUCAUUUUCAUAUUGUCUUUGCAAUACACACCAUUUUACUGAUCUUUACUGAAAGUACAUUUUAUUUUUAUAUAUAUAUAUAAAAAAUCACAUAUAACAUGUAACUCAUUUUAUACAUUGUUUGCUGU